UCUCUCUCUCUCUCUCUCUCUCUCUCUAAAAGCUUCUCACUUCUCAACCACUCCAUCUUGGCAUCUUCUUCUUCUUCUUCUUCUCUCUCUCUCUCUCUCUCUCUCUCUCUCUCAGUUGGAACCACAUUUUACCGCCAUUAAAGCGUUUUCCUUAAGCAAUUCCCCUCCGAGUUCCUCUAAUUGGGAUUCGCAGGUGAUGGUGCUUUGUGUAGCGAGAGAUCCCCGUUUGUGAGAUCUAAGAGGAGGAGACAUAGAGGGGAGAGGGAGUGGGGAGGUGACGAAGAGGUGAACAUCCUCCGAUUCUGCUACAAUGAAGUCGGAGGCUCGGUUAGAUUCGGCUAUGUUCCAGCUCACGCCCACUAGAACUAGGUGUGAUUUGGUUAUAAUGGCCAAUGGAAGAACAGAGAAGAUCGCUUCUGGGCUAUUUAAACCAUUUCUCGCGCAUUUAAAGGCCGCCAAUGAUCAGAUUGCAAAGGGAGGUUAUUCUAUCACUCUUGAACCAGAUCCUGAAAUGGAUGCAGUAUGGUUUACUAAAGGCACAUUAGAGAGGUUUGUUCGCUUUGUGAGCACGCCUGAGGUUUUGGAGCGGGUGAACACAAUAGAGUCUGAGAUCUUGCAGAUUGAAGAGGCAAUCAUAGUUCAGGGAAAUGAAACAGUGGAAAAUCGCCAAACCAAAUUGACUGGAUCCAAUGAAGGAACUAAGUCAACUACUGAUUCUGAUGCAGAUAAGGCGAUUGUAAUUUAUAAGCCUGGAUCACACCCACAACCGCCAGAGUCAAAUGGAUCCGCAACACAGGAGGAGAGUUCAAAAGUUCACCUUCUGAGAGUACUCGAGACCCGCAAAAUUGUGUUGCAAAAGGAGCAGGCUAUGGCCUUUGCACGUGCUGCAGCAGCUGGUUUCGACAUGGAUAGCAUGGCACAUUUGAUAUCAUUUGCGGAGUGUUUUGGUGCUGCACGCCUAAAGGAAGCAUGUUUUCAGUUCAUGGAGUUGUGGAAGAGUAAGCAUGAAACUGGACAAUGGAUCGAAGUUGAGGCUGCAGAAGCAUUGCAUUCGCAAUCUGAAUUUUCUUACUUCAAUGCCUCCGGCAUUGUACUUUCUGAAGAUGCAAUGAAACAUAACCAGGAAUCAUCUCCUGUUUCUGGUGGUGAUGCAAGCAUAGAGAGUGCUGGAAAAGAUCAAAAGAUCCCUCAAGAUCCUCAGCAUCCAGUGGGAUCCCAUCAGUACUUCCAGGGCCAGUAUCACCAAACUGCUUAUCCCCCAUGGCAAAUGCACCCCCCACCAGGCCCACCUAUUUUUCCACCUUACCCAAUGCAAGGCAUGCCUUACUAUCAGAACUACCCUAAUGUCUAUCCUCCGUAUCCUCCAAUGGACGAUCCUAGAUUCAACACGCAACAAAAAUCACGGUCCAAAAGGCACUCUCGCAGUAGUAAAGAUAACAAUGAUGUUGAUUCGGAGGCUUCAGAGACAGGUGAAGAUGGUUCAGAUCAGAGUGCCUCAGAGUAUGAGAAAUCUCAUAAAAGGAUUAAUCGUAAGGGCAAGAAGAAGAAGAAGAAGCCUGGUGUGGUUGUGAUUCGGAAUGUAAACUAUGUAGCGUCAAAAAAGAAUGAAUCGUCAGGAAGUGAAUCAGAAUCUGUUUCCGAAAGUGAAGCGGAGGAUGAGAAUGUAGAUCAGCGUUCUAUUUCCCAAGGGAAAAAACAAAAUACCUCUUCAAGUUCUUCAAAUAAAAAAGAGGGUCAGAAGAAAUAUACAGAUUCUUUUGAUGCAAGUGAGAGGGAUGAAGUGGCUUAUGGACAAGAAGCAGAUACAGGAACUUGGCAGGCGUUUCAGAGCUUUUUGUUAAAAGCUGAAGAGAAAACAAGAACUAAUGAUGGAGAUAUCUUUGCUGGUGAGAGAGAUCCUCCAGCAAGGAGAAAAGAAAGUAAAAAUGAAGAUGACCCCAUUCUCCCUGUAGAAAGAAAUACUGGAAAUGUUCAGGAGCUCAAAACAGUGGGAAUUGAUUCAGUUGAUCGAAAUGGUAUUAGGAUGAAGCAGAUCUCUUCUACUGAUGAGAUGCUGGUUUCGAGUGCAAGAAGGGGUUUCACAGAUAGUCAUUUGAAAGAAAUAGAAGGUGGAGGAGGAAAUUACCGGAGGGCUACCAGUGAAGAAUUUAUGAUUUAUGGACAUGAAGAGCAAACAGGCAGGAGUUCUUUAGAUCCUUUAGCAGUUCAUGACUAUGAAAUUCCCUCCAAUAAGGAUAGGAGUGCAAAUAAUUUAACAGAUGAGUCCUUUGUGGUUCCUUUUAGGUCGGGGUCACGGGAUCAGUUUUUACCAGAAAGCCGAACUGCCAUUGACAUAGAGUCCGAGUUACCACCAGUUACUAAGAGGAUAGAGGGUUCUUCUACUACGGGCAGAAAUGAAGUUAGUUAUGAACCAGAGGACUUGACCUUUAUUCUUGGGCGUGGUGUAGAAAACAUCUCUAUUGGGUAUGAUCCGGCUAAAGACUAUGAGAGUCAGAUUAUUAUAGAAAAGGCUGUCAAGGUUGAAGUCACAAAUGAGGAGAAUAUUUCAGCAAGCACCAACGAAGAUGUCAAAAGUGCAGAGAAGGACAAGAAGUUAAAAAAUUUGCAGGAUGGGUCAGAGAAGAGGAAGAAGGAGGUUGUGAGUAGGAAAGUGACAUCCUCGAGGUUUAACCCACUUGCCGAAGCCCAAAAACGUGCAGAAAAGCUUCGGUUGUACAAAGCUGAUCUUCAGAAGUUUAAGAAAGAACAGGAAAAGGAGCAGAUUAGGCGAUUGGAAGCUUUAAAGAUGGAGAGACAGAAAAGAAUUGCUGCAAGAAGCGGUUCAAAUGCUUCUCAUUCAACAUCAACCCCACAACAGGCCAAAACCAAAUUGGCAGCAAAGCCAUCUCCUAGUUCAUUGAAAGGUUCAAAGUUUAGUGAUUCAGAUACUAGCAAAUUAAAUGGUAAUGCACAUGGAAUAACUCGAUCUGUCUCCUCAUUAUCUGAGAUGAAGAAAGGAAGCAAUGAUGGAACACUGGACCAAAAAAAAGAGCCUCUCAGAGCAAGAAGUACAUUAAAGUCAGCUAGCUCUGAUCAAGCACGCAGGAGAAGCAUGCCGGAGGAGUCUCAUACAAAGAUGUCUGCAAUAGAGCAACUGGACAAAAGCAAGUUAGCAACCUUGCCUGAGCUGAAGAUCAAAUCACCGAAAGCUUCUUCAGAAGCUGUUCAAAAUAAACCAGCUUCUAAAGAGCCAUCACAGAAAGCACCUGGAAGCAAAACAUCUCCAGCUUUGGAAAAUAACCAAGCAAAAAAUGCUACUGAAAAAGCCCCUAAACCUAGCAUCAGCGAGGACAAUGUGGUGAUUGAGAAGACUGUUGUAAUGCUUGAGAAUGAGGUGAUCCCUGCUCCUCUAGUCCAGCCAUCUGAACAGACAGUUGAUGUAAUAGAUAGAUCUUAUGAGGAUGAUAAUAAAGAGAUGAGUGCAGUGAAUUCAGGAUAUUUGGCUAUUAAUGGCGACCAGAAAGCUACUAAUGAUAAUAUAGUCGACGAGCUGAAUUCUUAUGAGGUUAUUAUUGAUUACUCGAAGGAAGAAAGUCAGGAAAUCUCAAGCCCCAGCUCCAUUGUGAAAGCUUAUGAAGCUGACGACCCUCCCACCAUGGAUUCAGCAAACCCUGAAGCACCAAGUAUUAAGACACCGGAGUUUAAGUUCCCAGAAAUGAAGUCAAUAGAUCAAACCCCUGAAAUAUAUGAGAAGCCUCGAAGCAAAGAAUCAAAAGGGUUCAGAAAGUUGUUGAAAUUUGGUAAAAAGAGCCACACUUCAGCUUUAGGUGAUGAUGCCCUCGACUCUGAUGCAUUGUCUGUAGAUGAUCUGACGGCAGCUGCAGUUUCAGCCAGUGAUGUUCCGAUACUGAAGAAUCUCAUCUCUCAAGAUGAUACUCAAGCUGCAGCCACUUCAACUAAAGCUUCUCGGCCCUUCUCCCUCUUGUCGCCUUUCCGCAGAAGCAGUGAGAAGAAGAUCGCGUACGCCUAAAAGACGCAGUUGUAUGGUAUUUGUUGUGUGAUUAUUUAUAUUACAGUAUCUUGUAAACAGUAAAAGCUUGUAUUGUUGAUAAUUCAUUUUGUUUGUUUGUUACCAUGAAUUUGUUUGUAAUAAUCAGAGUCAGCUGGAUACAACAAAAGUUUUGUUGGAUGAUGAACAAAAACCACCUUAAAGAAAUAAAUUUGUAGAGUAAUUCACUUUUUGGUA